AUGACUCCUGACUCUCACGUUGCACCAGUUCCCGAUUUCCAGUUAUUUACUCACUGUUAUUUUACUCCUAAAAUGAAUGACCUUCAAUAUGAGAUUAUUGUUCAAGAAGUUGUUCAAAGUGAAUUGAGACAAACAGUAUCCUCUCAGCCUAUAUAUGAACGUUUUGGUGGUAAUAUAUUUCUCCCCGCCUCUCGUACAAAAGUUUUAAUGACCUGUGAAGAAAAACUUAAAAAAUUACGUGAUCAAUCGUUAAAAUUGAAAGCUGACAAGAGUUGA